AGACGCGCGAGUCAAACUCUUCGGUUAUGAUAAUAAAAAGUCAUGAACAUUUGCAUACAUUAGAUAAUCCAAUAAACUGGUAAACAUUUUUCGCUUCCCUCUUGAGUACGAUCGCAGCUUUCGACGGUUAAAGAUGUCUCUUAAAUUUGUAAUAAUAGCUUUGUUAUAUUUUACUAAAGUAUCAAUAGCUGCACCUAUUGACUCUGUAGAAAAUGAACAGAUUGAAACAAUUGAUGCAGAUGAAAAUACGCAAUUAUUAGAUUACUAUCAAAGUCGUGGGGAGGAAGCAUUUGAAUUUAAGUAUGAGCUUAGUGAUGGACAAAUGAGGGAGGAAAAAAUUCAUUACGAUGAUUUGGACACUGGAAUUGCCGUAAAAGGAUCCUACAAAAUAGAACUCGAAGGUGGUGAAAUGCAAACAAUCUAUUACAUUUCCGAUGCUAGAGGACACAGAAUAUCAGUCAAUGUUCCAUUCAAUGAAAAUGAGCUCAAAAUAAGACCAGCACCAACAAGAAAGCCACAGAAUCAUGCAGAAAACAAAAGAAGAUUCCAAUUAGCAGUAGAUGAAAGCAAAUCAUAUGAAGAGAAUAGAAUUGAAGAAAAUCAAAGACAAGCAAGAAUACAAGCAAGUCGUAAAAUUGACAUUCCUAAGGUUGAAGUUAAAUCAAAGGCAGAAGAUGUCGCCAAACCAGUAGCGGAAGUAGUUGAAGAGGUCAAAACAGAUAAUUUAAAAGUCGAGGACGAGAUUAAAACUGAAAACGACACACCAGCUAGUGAUGAUAUACAGACAGAAGAUGAUGAAAAACCAGAAGAACAAGUAGACGAGUCGGAAAAACCAGAACAUGAUGAUCAUCCAAAAGAAAGCGCGAAGGACGAUGACUACGAUGAGAAAUAAUCAUCAAAAGUUCUAACAGCUAUUUUUAGAAUUAAUCUCUGAUUCAUCUUUAAUACGUUUAUGAAGCCAAAACAAAACAGGUUCUUUAAUUUAACAAAACAUUCUUGUGACACUGAAUAUUGAUGAUCAAAUAAAUUUACUGGCUUAUUCUGCACAUUUCUGCAUAUUUACCUAA